ACGUGCGCGAGCUGUGGGCGGGGCGGCAGCGCCUAUAGGAGGAGGGUCGUCUAUAGAGGGGGCGGCAGCAGGGCAUCUACUGACGCCUUUCCUAAACUCUGUAUAGUAUAAGUGCAGGCGCCGGAGCGGACACUACUACUACUGCCAGCAUCCGCACAGCAUCCCCACUGUGGAUUUUACUGGAAUCCCGCAAAUAACGUCUUCCCUGGCUUGUAUCCCUGUGAUGCCCGGGCGGCGCUGCGCCUGUAUGGGCGCCUCCUGGCAUUAGGGCGCACAGCUGAUCCUGCUGGGAGACAUGAGAAGAAGGUUGGGUUCCUCCAUAUGACAUGGUGCUGCCAGCCCAGGUCUGGCCAUGUGAAGGGAUCACAAGUGGCAUUAUGAAGGACAGGAAGUGACAGGUGGGCACAGCCAGGACCCUGCAGUCAGGACAUAUAAAGCCCCUUCUUCCUCAGCUGGGAGAAGUCCCAGGAGCUGAGUCUUGGACUCCUUCCUUGCCUCCUCCACAGAUGCCUGAAGCUGUCUCCUUGUGUCUUAUGAACCAGCAGUGGAAAUGAGCAUACAUCCAGCUUACAUAGCUGUGGAGGUGACCAUUGCUGUGCUGUCCAUCGUGGGGAACGUCCUGGUCUGCUGGGCAGUGGCCAUUAAUAGCACUUUGAAAAAUGCCACCAACUAUUUCCUGGUGUCCCUGGCAGUGGCGGAUAUAGCGGUGGGUCUCCUCGCCAUCCCCUUUGCCAUCACCAUCAGCAUCGGCUUACAGACUGAUUUCCACAGUUGCCUGUUCCUCGCCUGCUUCGUGCUGGUGCUGACCCAAAGCUCCAUCUUCAGCCUGCUGGCGGUGGCUAUAGACAGGUACCUGGCCAUCAAGAUCCCCCUCAGGUACAAGAGUUUGGUCACUGGAAAAAGAGCAAGAACCAUUAUUGCAGUUUUCUGGAUUCUCUCUUUCGGUAUAGGUUUGACCCCACUAAUGGGUUGGAAUUGCUUAGAAGCAGACUGUGGUAAAGGAAACAUUUCCAUUCAGAACGGCACUGUCUCGUGUUUAUUUGAAAAAGUAGUCACAAUGACUUACAUGGUGUACUUCAACUUCUUUGGUUGCGUUCUUCUUCCACUCUUAAUCAUGCUGGGAAUAUACAUCAAGAUCUUCAUGGUUGCCCGCAAGCAGCUGAGGCAAAUUGAACUAAAGUGCGUGGGUGCAGACAACUCAAGGACCACUCUCCAGAAAGAAGUGAAUGCCGCCAAGUCUUUGGCCAUUAUUGUGGGCCUGUUUGCUUUUUGCUGGCUGCCCAUCCACAUACUGAACUGCAUUACUCUCUUUGACCCCAAGUUUCACGAGAGGAAACCAGAGUGGGCUAUGCACAUGGCUAUUAUCUUGUCUCAUGCCAACUCAGUAGUAAACCCUAUAAUAUACGCCUACAAAAUCAGAGACUUUCGCUACACCUUCCGUAAGAUCAUUUCAAAGUACCUUGUCUGCAAGAAGGACAACUUUUCUAAAUGUCCCAAGGGCAGCAUUGGGAACUCCAGGCACUUACAUAUCAGUACUGUAAGUGCUGGCAGUGCUUUUAUGUGACCCUAUACUUAGGUAAGACUGCUGAACUCAGCCCACAUGGACUCAGCCCUACAUGUUGUUGGGUAGGUUACAUGGACAUAUACAGUAAAUCUGUUGGUGGGACCAUUAAGGAUCUGAUAAUUGACCACUUUGCUGCUGCACUUUGUUCGUUUCAGAUGUUCACCAUUCGUUUUUUAUUAGAAGGUAUUGCUGAAGGUUCCUCCUAACUCCUCUGCACUGACAAAUGUUCUGCGUCAUGUAGUUUAAAGAACAUUUAGAAGAGGGACGUGCACAUAAUCCCCAAAACUAAUAUUUCCACUUAGAUUAAGCAACCAAAGCCAUGUUUAGUUACAGUGAAGGAAAGCUCCCAACCUGUAGAAGAAUGUACUGUACAUUAGUUUGUUUCUAAAGCACAUUAUUUAUAUAACCUUUUAUAUGUUGGUUGGAUGUAGAGUAAAUUUUUAUUCUUUUGUAGAUUAUUUUAAUUUUAUUUUUUACCUUGAGAUCCUGCAUACAGUUCAAUUUAUUUAAUGUU